GCCGCCACACAGCUCCACCUACAGCCGGGAGACCUCAGCAGCCUCAGCCGUCCCUCCGCUCAACAUAUGGCAGAAAUAACGUUCUGUCUUUCUUUCAUAGUUGUGCCCACUACUCUUUAAAAAUUCCGCCGAAAAAGAGAAGACGAUUUUCUAAAUCAUUCUGGCCGUUAUCUCACGGCUCCCCCGUCUCUGCACAGGUGUAUGAGCGUUACCCAGAGGGCCUAGGGGCGGCUCUUUACAGGGAGCAGUUUGACUUCAACGCUGAGCCGCCUUGGGAUCCUAGCUGAUAGCGGGACGGGUCCAUCUCCUGACUUGUCCAUUUUGUUGCAUACCGGCAGGACCCAUUGGCUCAGUCGUGACCCCUUGACUUGCGGACUUCACCUUUAUGAUUUUUGGCUUACUGGAAUACGGUUGAGAUGAAAGGACUUACUGACAACCCUAGUUACAUUGUUGAAAUUUUGGAGAGUGGCCUGACACUUGAAGAUGUUAUUGACGAUCACAUCUAUGAGCAAACUCUGAUGGAAAAGAGUGCGUUUGUGGUGGCUGAUCUGGGCGCCCUGAUGAGGCAACAUGCUUGCUGGCAGCGAGUGGUGCCGCGGCUGCAGCCGUACUUUCCCGUCAAGUUCAACAGCAGCCCGGUGGUCAUUGAGGUUCUUUCCUCUCUGGGUCUGGGAUUCGUGUGUACCAGCAAGGCUGAGGUCAACCUGGUGCUGGAGCAUGGCGUCGCUCCGGAAAACAUCAUCCUGUCGGGAGUCUGCAAGCAGCUGGCGCACAUCAAGAACGCAGCCAAGAAUAACAUCCAGCAUCUUGUUUUUGAAAAUGAGGCAGAGUUAUCAAAGAUCUCCCGCCUACAUCCCAAUGCUAAGUUGCUGCUCCAGUUGACCACCGAGGCCCAUGCUGCUGAGACAAGCAUGGCUUUUGGCUCCUCACUGAAGAGCUGUCGGCACCUGCUGGAGGCUGCUAAGAAACAGGGGGUCCAAGUGGUUGGGGUGACGUUCCACAUCCCCAGCUCCUGCCAGGAACUGCAGCAGGCCUACACACACGCUCUCUCGGAUGCUCGCUGUGUUUUUGAUAUGGGGAUUGAUCUGGGCUUUAACAUGAACAUCCUAGACAUUGGGGGUGGAUUCACUGGCUCAGAAUACCAGCUAAGACAGGUUGAAUCUGCGAUCAGGCCUCUGCUUGACUCGUACUUCCCACCACUGUCCGGAGUUCAGUUGGUGGCCCAGUCCGGCAGCUUCUACGUUUCUUCAGCCUUCCGCCUGGCUGUCAACGUGAUCGCUAAGAAAGUGUUGAGUCACCACUGGGAUCACCUGACACACGGUGAAAAGAAUGAGGACACAGAGUUCCUGUACCACAUGAAUGAGGGCGUUUAUGGGCCAUUCAGCCUGAAGCUGCUGGGAAACACUAUAAGUGCCCCGUCUGUACACAAGCACCUGCUGUGUGCCGAUGAGGAGGUGUAUCCCAGCAGCCUCUGGGGCCCAUCAAUGGACCAGCUGGACCAGGUGGUGGAGCGGUGUCUGCUGCCGGAGCUCAGCGUGGGAGACUGGCUUCUUUUCUCCAACAUGGGAGCCUGCAGCCUGGAUGAGAACAACGGACUCUCUAGCUCCCCACAGAUACCAGUCUACUACACUGUCUCCACUGCUGACUGGUUAGGAAUGCAGGAUGCUGGUGUGACUCUGGACAAUGGCAUGAAGAUUUUCUCCAGUGUUCCUUACAGAGUGUAAGCAACCGCUGCUCCAAAUCCAUUUCCUGGUACUUUUUUAGCCUCCGAUCAGCAUGGGGAUUGACUCAAGGGGCUAAAUGUGGUCAACAUUCCUGCCUCCGUACAAGAUGCAGUGUUCAAUCAUUUCCUGGAAUUUGACAAUAUUCCUCUAGUCAGUGAACAAUUGGAUCUUUCAGAUGUCCUAAUGCAACCUAAAAUCUAGAAGGAUUCAAGAGUGUCGGCUUAGUGAAAUCCGGUCCAAGUAAAACAUUGUGCAACAAAAUGGACGACUCGGUGAAGAUGGGGCCCACCUGGACACAGGUGGUUUGUUUACAAAGUGUACAAUUGAUUUAGAAUCAUGAUAUAUACAUGUCUUGUGAGUCCUGUGUCCUCAUUUUCUAUGUAGAUUAUGUUUUGAAGUGUUAAAGGUGUCACGCCUCAUGGACUCUGUUCGUCAGACUCGUGUGUGUGUGUGUGUGUGUACGCACAGUUUAACUAAGGUGAUGUAUUCUUGUUUGCAAUUCACCUUGUUGCUUUUUAUUUUAAUUUAUUAGACACAAUAAGUGGAGCUUUUGGGGAAAACUCCGUGUUUCAAUGUGAUCUGACCCAUUUAACAGUGUUUUUCUGUUAGAACGUGGAUGUUUUUUCCGAUGCUACACGUGUGCUGUGAUUGCCAUUUGUGACCUCUGUGGUUCCCUUUUACCGAAGCAGCAUGAACAAACAUGCAUGUGUGCGUCGCUGCUUGGUUACUAGGCAGCUGCACACACACUUGACACUGAUGGUCUAAAAUUAUCAAAUAUUUUUGCGGGGUAAAAAUACUGUCCAACACAUUGAUCCCGUGAUUAAACCUGUGUCUCCGGCUGCUCCGGUUUAAGCUGCUUGCUUCCACAAAGCCAAAUGAGCCAUUUUUGAAGAGUUCAAAAAUAUCUUUGAGGUUUCAAUCUCAAGUGUCAGACAUGUAAGUUAAGUAAGAAUAUCUGCCCGCAGGAGAAGAAGUGACAGUGCAGUCUCUUGUACAGAUAAAUGCGGAUCAUUAAGCAGCAGUUUUACAGAUGACUCUGUGUUAUAAUGAACUAAUGUAUUAUUAACUUGCUGUCUGACGCACUAAAGGACCAUAGCCUGUUGAUGUAAAAUGUGCUUGUUAAAGUAAUUAAAGUGAUUAAUUUAAUACAUUUUUGACUGAAAGCAA